UUCACAAAAUCUAAGAUGGCGGACGAACCGUUGAACAAGGAGGGCAACAGUGCUGAUAAAGAUCCUCUAUCAUUCUUUACUGUCGGAGAUUCCAGCUCGAACUAAGACUCUGAAAACGAAAGUAAUGUUAGGAAUGACGAGCAAGAUAAAUUGAAAUCCAACAGCCCUGCAGGUAAUGCAUCAGCAGCCAAGACAAAGCUUCCUUCACCUACAACUUUGUUCGCAACUGUAGGGAAACCAGCUUUUCUUGAAACUAAAGAGGAGAGCUACGUCGAUUGGAACUCGCUUUCAAAACGAUAUGAACCAAGCAGUUAUUCAGCUCCUCCUGUACAAUUUCCUCCUGUGACGGAGAGCAGCAGAGAUAGUGAAGAAUACGAAGAUGCUGUCAUUUCUUCUGCUCCAGUCAAAUACGGCAAGGAGAUCUCAGACAUACAGAAGCACUUAGUCGUUCACGAAAAAAGAUCAGUCACCACCGCCUUAAACAUCUUGAAAGAAAGAGGAGGUAGUGCACCAAAGAAGCAGAAAACGGAAAAUUUUAGGCAAAAGGAGAAAAGAAAACGUGAUGAAGGACAGACUUCCAGAGGAAAGAGUUACGUAGAGGAAGAGAAGAGGAUAUUACGCCAACACUUUGCUGCUGAUUGACGAUCGCUCGCUGUACGUGGUUGGCCGUCAGACGCCUGCCAAAAUGAUUUGAAAAUCUUUGUUUCAGGUUUCAUGAAGAAAAAUGCCACCAAGUGUAUUCUUACUACAAGUCAAGGGUUACACUGUAUAAAAGCCAACUGUGUGAAAAGACAGAUUUUAACUCGUGGAUCGAGAUAUUUCACGGUUUUGCCGGAAGCGUGUGGAACCCUUUCAAAUCUAAAACGUGAGCAAGCUUUAACUCUUAGUUCUUAAGAUACUUAUAAAGUGUUUCGAAACACCAGCAAUGAUUUCUCUCUCUAUGAACAAUCAUUUUGUAAUUAAAGGUACCAUAAUUUUGAGUUCGCCAUGAACUAUAAUUUGUGAAUUUAAAAUGCCUACCUUCGCCUCUGGAUUCGAAGACAGAAGUCAAUUAAAUCCAGCAAUAAACAGAACAGUACUACUUCUUAGAGAUAAGUUUUCUUAAUUUUUUCGAUUAUGUCGGUCCGCUGUAGGCGAAUGUCAAGUAAAUGUGGGAACACAAUCAAAGUCCAUUUAAAGGGAAAAGAAAAUAUGAGAUAUACAAAGGAAAAGGGAGAUUACAUGAAUGGGCGGUCUUUUCCUGAGGGGGGGGUUGACGAAAACCGCCUAAAGGGCGAGGUUGCUUGUGUGGGAGAUAAUGACAUACAUGACUUGCACAACCACACGGUUACCUCCUUUUGGGAAAGGCAUUUUUUCUAUGUACCGAACACUUUUCGAAUGGGUCCUUCCAGAAUUAAAUAUUUUGAAAAAGGUCAGAACUGACGGGAUAUACUGCCAGCUGCAGCAUGCUUUUGGGCUUUGUCCAAGGGGUGAGAAGGAGGUCGUGGUUGAUUAGAGAGGAAGGGAGGGUAGCGGGGGUAGAGCAGGCCCUAAAACCGCAUUUGGAUAAAUCAGUGGUAGAAUUUAGGACCGUGAUGCUCUGGCGAGGUACAACUCCUUUACCCCUCCCCCCUUGCACACACAAAACCACCACAUGAGACCCAACUUUUUUCUGAUCGACAGAACGUGAUGGGCUUAAAGAUACAACUCGACAUUCAACAUCAUUUCCUUUUAAUGGACGAAGAUUGAUAAAUUUACAUUGUGAAAAAGCGAUGUUACCGAAAAUAGAGUAUGAUAGAAUUAUCUUAAAAUUUCCUUACAUAAACGUAGCAAAAACUGUUCUUUUGUAGAAAAAAUAUUGUUUUUGCAUAUUGUUCAAAGGCGUAUAUGUAAAUAUACUUGUUUCAAAUAGACACUCUUUAGAAUUCAAAUUAGCAUAUAAAUACAAGCCACGUUGAGCAACAGGAUUGCUUUCCCAACACAAAUAAAGUUACAAACUUCAA